UAUCAUUCCACUCCUCCCCCUCUCUUGGUAUCCCUUCCUUUCUGCUUGUCUGCUGCUCAGUAUUUUUUUGUUUCAGGUCUUCUGUCCGUACCUUCUGUCUUUAUAUACGUCCUGUAUUUUUCACGUUAAUUCUUUCCAUGCAGACUAUCUGAAUCCACAAAUUCUUUCACAAUGGCAGACAAAAGCCGCACGCCAAUGAGAAAAAAAGAGAGAAAAGAAAAAGAGUCCACUGAAAUGUCCAAGGAUGUAAAGGAUGUGAAGAAUGAAGGAGAGCAGGCAGUGGAUAACGGAGAGGUCCCGUCAGCUGAAGCAGCAGCCGCCAAUGGUGCAGUAGGUGACGAUCAGAAUGGAGAAUUUCAGGUUGAGGCACUGGAGCUACCUCCAUUUGAAAUCAUCGAAGGGGACCGGAUUGAUCCUUUUGCCUUUAAGUUCCAGUUCAAGAACGUGGAAUACUCCUCGGGCCGCAACAAGACCUUCCUAUGUUACCUGGUGGAUAAAGGGAGCGCUGAUGAUGGGCUACUGAAGGGCUAUCUGGAGGAUGAGCAUACUGGGUCUCAUGCUGAAGAGGCUUUCUUCUUACAGUGCCUGAAGGACUAUGACCCUGCACUCAAAUACACAGUCACCUGGUAUGUGUCUUCCAGUCCAUGCUCAGAUUGUGCAGCAAAGAUAGCUGAAGUGUUGAGGGUCAGGAAAAACAUCAAGCUGAGCCUCUUCGCUGCUCGGCUGUUUGAGUGGGAGGAAACAGAUAUCCAGGACGGACUGAAGGCCAUGCACGCUGCUGGAUGUAAACUGCGGGUGAUGAAGCCUCUGGACUUCUCCUACACCUGGGAAACAUUUGUGGAGAACGAGGAACAACCUCUGAACUUGUGGGAGGACUGCACAGAAAACUAUGAGUAUUACCAGGAGAAGCUGGCUGACAUUCUACAGUGACCACAGCCUCCAGUCGGGAAAUUGCGCACCCUCGAUCAUUGUCAUUACUUCUUUACAGCUGAAUCAUGUUGAUAUUAUUAUUGCUGUUGAUUGAUAGUGAUACAUAUUCAUAGUGCAUAUGAAUAUGUGAGAGAAGAGUAGCUGUAUGUGCACGAGUGCGUUGCCUUUGCUUUAGUAUGUUUAUUCUCCACAACAUAUGACAGUAAUCCCAACAUCUGGCUUCAACUCUGGGAUUGUCCUGAGGCCUGUAUUACAAAGCAAGUUCAACAUACCAAUUAUAAUUUUUCCUUUUCUGGCUUCACUAAGCCGAACAAUCCCAUCAAGUUAAGCGAUCACAUAGCUGUGGUUAUCAACUCGGUAAAUCCGUCAAGGGUUUACCAAUCAAGCCAUGAUUGCGUUCAUAUAAAAGGGUUUGCCGCAUCCGACCAAUCCCAAACAUUGAUCCAAUCCCAAACAUGUACAAGUCCACUGUCCAUAAAAAUAAGUUAAAUACAUAAUCCAUGCUCAAAGCACCACAGUUGCAGCUGUUUCUGAGUGAAUGCAGACUUUUAAUAUCACUGCCAAAUCUAGGGGCACGAUCGUAGAUCUGACUAUAAUCUCAUUUGUGUAUUUAAUAUAUUCUUCUUGUUCUUGCAGCUGCUACUAAGUACAGAGAUUAAUAUUCAUUUUGUACAACGGCCCAGUUCAGAAUAAUAUUUAUUAUAUUAUUGAAUUAUAAUUAUUGAUGGAUUAAAGCUAGGGUGGGUUAGGGUUAGGGUCGCACUCCACCUGUCUACCUGCUCACACUCUGCCUGUCGUCCUGCUCGCACUCCACCUGUCGUCCUGCUCGCACUCCACCUGUCGUCCUGCUCGCACUCCACCUGUCUACCUGCUCACACUCUGCCUGUCAUCCUGCUCGCACUCCACCUGUCUUCCUGCUCGCACUCUGCCUGUCUACCUGCUCACACUCUGCCUGUAUUCCUGCUCGCACUCUGCCUGUCUUCCUGCUCGCACUCUGCCUGUCUACCUGCUCACACUCUGAUUCAUCAAGAUAUCAAUAAAGUUUUAUCUAAAAUAUAAUAAUACAUGACAAAUAAUUUGUUGAAUAUAUAUAUAUUAUUUGUAUCAUUAAUCUGAAUCUGAAUCUUCAAAGUUAUCAGAUAAAUGCAGUGGAGUAAAAAGUAGCAAGUGGAAUUACCUCUAAAUCGUACAAUACUAGUAAAAAUACUUAGUUACUAGCUGCAACCAUGGUAAAACAACUUAGAAGAAAAACAAAUAACAUAAUUCAAAGUGGUAAGCAGGCUUACUUUCAUAUCUUAUACUUGUAGAAAAGUAAUGCAAGGCAAUGCAGUCUGCGGGACUCUAAGCGCUCAAGCAUACUGCUCAAGAAGCUAACACAGACAAGUCAGUCCCUAACACUCCUGCCAUUUUAAGAAACACUUUUAAGAUUACCUGCUCCAAAACAGGUUUGGGGUACAGCAUAAAUUACCAUGGCGAUGUACCCCGGUAGUCAGUGAACCUCCACUGUAACCCUGGAAACCCAGGUUUAAACCUGAAAUUGCUUUGCUUAUCCCAAAUCCUGCUUCGUAGUACAGGUUUCUGAUCUCAGACAUGAGUGCUUUACACAACUCGUUAGGUAUGUUUUUUUUUGCACAUUUUUUGCACACAGUUUUUUUUGUUUACAGCUUUAAGAAGUAAAUGACAAAAAGGGAAAGACGGAAUGUGUUCAUAUUCAGGAUAUAUCAUUUAUGUAGAAGAUAGCUCCUCUAUACAUGAUUGUAUGAUUCCUCCACAUUCAGCAUCUGAGUUUCUGUCACCUCUGACAGUUGAAAAUACACCCACUUUAGUUUGUGGCUGCCUGUCAUGUUUGAUUGACAGCACUCUGCUAGAUGUAUCUUCUGUGUGUGGGAGAGACAACUGGGUUUGAUGUACAAUAUGUUGACAUUAGCGCUGUAAGAAAGUGAUGGCAUUAAAACAGCUGCAUUAUACCUUUCGUCUUCCGCUCACUACUCUCUGUACAUUGUGACAGUUAAUUAUAAAACUGACACAUAUCUGUUUACAUGGCCAUAUUGAUCUUUUUGGGAAGACUUGACUAAAAGCUGAUCAACAACAAAAAGCUGUUAAUUUUAAUUGAUUGUAGUAUUGCUUCACAUAUAAUUUGGAUCAGAAACCAACUAAGACACAGUCAACUCAGGGCUCUUAGGUUUUGAGGCUGAGCCAGCCUUUUUUGUUCAGAGCCAAAUAAUAUAUCUGUAUUUGCCUUCUUCCUCCUAUCUGCUCUGUUCUUUCAGUAAUAAACAGAUUUCAAUAGUC